AUGGACCGUCAGAGCUCGGGGAGUCUACAAGAAACCAACCUGGGUGACCCGCAUAAUGCCAAUGACAGGGUCGACUCGGUCCGCGACCUUGCUAAGCAUGUAAGCCCGGAGAACAUUGAGAAGAUGCUCGACAGCCUCUCCCCCUCGGUUCCGGCAGACUCAGGGGCGGCCAAGAAGGAGAUCACAACAGCUAUAUUCCGCCGUCUGCUUGCGACGGAGCCAACCGCGGCCCUCCGACGCCUGGUGCAUGAUGAUGCAGCACUCGUGCCAGACCCGACCGAGCGCCAAUACGUCCUGCUCUUCCUUGACCACAAUAUCGACUGGGAUAUCGCAGCCACACCCGUGGCGCAGGUUGCCCAGAAACCCGCCGCAUUUGAGGGCAUUCUGGCCGAGCACCACCAACGCGUCACCGAACACCUGCAGAGAUUGCAGUUGCUCAACUCCAAGACGUCCACCCCCGAAGCCGUUUCGGCCCUGGCCGCGGUCGACAUGGCUGGCCCCGCCGACUUUGCUCGGAUGUCUCUCACCAGCUUCCAGGAGGCGACCAAGUUCGUUCUGUCAUCCGAGGUAGCGGCCGAGACACACAGCAACGGUGUCGGCGCGGCGAUGCAGUACCAACACAUGCUCGUCUCGAUGAUGCAAGCUGCUCGCGGUACUGGGCUCCAGGGCAUCGAUGGGCCUACGCAAGUGAAGGAGCGCUUCCCGAUGAUGCAGGAGGCAGCAAGUACCCGGGGCCUGAACAUCAACCUCGAGACGCUGUUUGGCAGCAACGACAUGUGCGAGUGCGACGACUGCACCACGGUCUACAGCCCGGCGUCGUACUAUACGAGCGUCAAUACGGCAGGGAAGGCUUCGUCCAUCAGAGGCACCAUCCUGGAGAAGCUCUUCCGCCGCCGGCCCGACCUCGGGCACAUACAGCUCACGUGCGAGAACACCAACGUGGUGCUGCCCCCCUCUCGCGCCAGCCAGAAGGACACCAUCCAGGCAUUCAACGUGGGGACCAAGACCACGACCGAAGAACUGCUCACCCAGCCGCAGAACACCAACCCAGAAGCCUACCGCGUCCUCGCCUCGGCCGUCUAUCCGUCAUCGAAGCUGCCGUACGAUGCACCGAUGGACUCCAUCCCCCUGCGCCGGAAGAGCCAUGACAUCGAGUCCACUCUUGACCGAGCUGUUGCCGCCGAGUCUCUGGGCCUGACACAGGAAGAGUACGUCAUUCUCACCAAGGAGGCCUUCUCUCCAAGGGGCCAGAGCGUGUCUCUCGAUCAGUACCAGAAGGAGAUCGGCGUGCAGCCGGUGCACGCCCACUACGGCUACCCAAGUGAGGCUGCCUUGCUGGACGACGACCGAAACAGGCGUACUGGUCUGAUGUUUGUCAAGGCUCAGUUUGUCCCACGGACACAGAUCGAGUACGCCACUCUCGUAGAUGUGGUGCAGACCAAGUUUGUGAACCCCUGGUGGCCGGACGGUUCGGAUCUGCAGAUCAUGGAGAGCCUUCGGCACAGUUACCGCUUCCUACAGGGCCUCGUCGACACCGAGCGGACUGGGAAUGCACGGUACUCGGAAGUGGUGGCCGAUCUUUCCAACAGCCAACUAUUGCUAGACAAAACUGUGCCAAACUGGCAGGACGACGUUCUGGGGGGGGGGGGGGGGGGGGGUUGGUUCGGCAGAAACUUCGAUCGCCUGGGCGAGUUAAUUGUUCUGGAUGCCAGUCAAGGCCCUCAGCUGGAGGGGUACGGAGAAAUCUGGGUUCUCUUCACCGGGCUUGGAUGGGCCGACAGUGAGCGCGUCGGCACGCUCCACCCGGAUGUCAGCAUCACCGACACGUCGGGCAACAUGACGGGCCAAGUCCGGGACGACGGCAGAGCGAUGACGGUCGGCACCCCUCGCCCUUGGCCGCAACAGAUCCCGACUAACUCGGAUCCCAACGAUCCUUUCAACUUGAAGGAACUUAGCAAGAUCUCCAUAGCAUACCCCUACGGCGGUAUGGAAGCUGCGCCACUCGACCACCUGCUGGCCUUCUGGGGGCAAAUCCCAACGGUCGGAGAUGAUUCGGUCUACUCGCAGCUCUUUUUCCGCUUUGACCUUCUCUCAUAUGAGGAGACCUCCGAGAUCUUUGACCCGGACGCGAAGGGCAGGUAUUUUUCGGGCGAAAGAUCCAAAAGCCUUACUGCACACCUGCCCGUCGUUAUGGCCGCAUUGGGCAUGACCGCCGAGGACAUCCAGUCCCCGCAGUUUGCCGAGCUUAACGAUACGCUUAACCUAGAAUCACUUUCCUUCCUGUAUCGGCACAACCUUCUGGCUGGGGUCCUGGAUAUUCCCGCCCGCGAUGUUGGAGGGUUCAUCCGUGUUUUCGAACCUAUUACCGGCAGCCCCUGGACGAGUGCUGUCAGCGCCGUCGGCAUGGUGGAGGCAUGGAACACGCUCCAGAAAUCCGGCUUCGGCUACCGGCAUCUCCGCCUUCCCGGGCCGCCAUGCUCCGCCGCCAUGCUCGAGCUGGUUGACGGUCUCCGGGCGAUCGAGGCGGCCCAUCCGGACAUCGGAGCCGACAACCCGAAGUCGGUCGAGACACUCUAUCUCAAGCCUUGGCAGCAGUGA